AUGGAUCUUCCUCGAGACAUCUCACCCAUAACGAAGCAUCCUCAGCCGCAUUCACCACGCAUCAWCAGAUACAACAAUCCAAAUACCCUCAGCUACAUCGUCGACAAGAUACAAGGCGCCUACUUCCACCUUCGCUUCCGCCUAGAGUUUUCUCUGGGAACGCCUGCGCUCAGCGACGACGCAAUGUCGCAUCAGAUGUGGAAGCCUCCGGCUCAUCUGAACCCCAGCCGCGAGCCGCAGAAGAAUAACAAAACUACAGCCAAGUCCGCCAUGAAGCUCCCAACUGCCGAGCACUCGUCUCCAGUGGUGAGAGCAAUGCAGCGUGCGAAGGAGGAGUCCCGUCGGCCAUCUCAAAGUAAGUCUACCAGUGCGCAAAAGUCUGAAGAGGGAGGAAAGCGGAAGGGAAGUCACGCAGGGCAAUCGGGAGGUUCACGCGAGAAGAAGAAGAAGCCUGUGGCGGCGGUGAAUUGGCAGCCUCCGAAAACUUUGAUGGUUGAGAAGAAGAGUGAGAGUCGUCGCGCAAGUAUGCUUUCUUCGCUGCUGAGCGGAAGUUGGUACUCGUGGGAGAAGAAGGCUGUUACUUUGGCCAAGGCGCAUCGGGCUGCUGAUACGACGAUGGAUGAGCUGGAUGGGAUGUUUAAGCCUACGCUGGAGGAGUUGAUGGGGAGUGAUGGUGAGGAGGACGAUAGCGAGGAUGAGAACUAG